AAGGAAGCUAACUGACAUUUGCUUGAGAAGGGGGUAAGAGAAGCAGCCCAGCAGGGGUUCUCUUCCCAAGCUAGAUCUUGGCCAUCGUGGUGGGUGUGGGAAGGAAUCUGGAGGGACAACACGACAGGUCUUUUUACUAACAUAGUCCUAAUUUUCAGAGGGUACAUUGGCGGCCUUCAUCUGCACAGCAGGGGGUCCUCCUCCAAACACAGCUCCAGGAUAUGGUCUCCCUCAGACAAAUUAAUUGGAAAACCUAGGAAACAUUCAAGAAAACAGAGGGUGCGGUGGCGGCCUUCAUCUGCACAGCAGGGGGUCCUCCUCCAAAGACAGCUCCAGGACAUGAUCUCCCUCAGACACAUGGAUUGGAAAAGCUGGGAAACAAUCAACAGAACAGAGGGUGCGGUGGCAGCCUUCACCUGCAUGGCAGGGGGUCCUCCUCCACAGACAGCUCCAGGACAUGGUCUCCCUCAGAACAAAUGGAUUGGAAAAUAUGGGAUACAUUUAAUAGAACAGAGGGUGCCAUGGCAGCCUUCAUCUGCACAGCAGGGGUUCCUUCUCCACAGACAACUCCAGGACAUGUGUCCAGAGCAUCACAGCUCAAAUGUUUCCCAACAUCUUCCCAAGUCUCCCUCAUAAAAAUUGUUUUCAAAGAAUCUAACAAGCUUGAGGAAGGGAGGGCGCCUUGGCAGCCUUCACCUGCACAUCAGGGGGUCCUCCUCCACAGACAGCUCCAGGACAUGGUCUCCCUCGGACAAAUGCAUUGGAAAACAUAGGUAACAAUUAAUACAGGUAAUCCUCCAGAGUCAAAGAAGCUAACUGACACUUGGCUUUAAGAAGGGAGGGUGCGGUGGUGGCCUUCACCUGCACAGCAGGGGGUCCUCCUCCAAAGACAGCUCCAGGACAUGGUCUCCCUCUGACACAUGGAUUGGAAAACCUGGGAAACCAUCAAUAGUACAGAGGGUGCUGUGGUGUUCUUCAUCUGCACAGCAGGGGGUCCUCCUCCAAAGACAGCUCCAGGACAUGGUCUCCCUUGGAACACGUUGAUUGUAAAACCUAGGAAAAAUUCAAUACAACAGAGGGUGCAGUGGCAGCCUUCACCUGCACAGCAGGGGGUCCUCCUCCAAAGACUGCUCCAGGACAUGACACGCAGAUUAGAGAACCUGGGAAACAUUCAAGAGAACAGAGGGUGCGGUGGCGGCCUUCAUCUGCCCAGCAGGGGGUCCUCCUCCAAAGACUGCUCCAGGACAUGGUCUCCCUCAGACACGCAGAUUAGAGAACCUGGGAAACAUUCAAGAGAACAGAGGGUGCGGUGGCGGCCUUCAUCUGCCCAGCAGGGGGUCCUCCUCCAAAGACUGCUCCAGGACAUGACACGCAGAUUAGAGAACCUGGGAAACAUUCAAGAGAACAGAGGGUGCGGUGGCGGCCUUCAUCUGCCCAGCAGGGGGUCCUCCUCCAAAGACUGCUCCAGGACAUGGUCUCCCUCAGACACGCAGAUUAGAGAACCUGGGAAACAUUCAAGAGAACAGAGGGUGCGGUGGCGGCCUUCAUCUGCCCAGCAGGGGGUCCUCCUCCAAAAAGUGCUCCAGGACAUGGUCUCCCUCAGACAAAUUCAUUGGAAAACCUGGGAAACAAUCAAUACAGAGGGUGCGGUGGCAGCCUUCACCUGCACGGCAGGGGGUCCUCCUCCACAGACAGCUCCAGGACAUGGUCUCCCUCAGAACAAAUGGAUUGGAAAAUAUGGGAUACAUUUAAUAGAACAGAGGGUGCCAUGGCAGCCUUCAUCUGCACAGCAGGGGUUCCUUCUCCACAGACAACUCCAGGACAUGUGUCCAGAGCAUCACAGCUCAAAUGUUUCCCAACAUCUUCCCAAGUCUCCCUCAGAAAAAUUGUUUUCAAAGAAGCUAACACUUGGCUUGAGGAAGGGAGGGUGCAGUGGCGGCCUUCAUCUGCACAGCAGGGGGUCCUCCUCCAAAGACAGCUCCACGACAUGGUCUCCCUCUGACACAUGAACUGAAAAACCUGGGAAACAAUCAAUAGUACAGAGUGUGCGGUGGCGGCCUUCAGCUGCACAGCAGGGGGUCCUCCUCAAAAGACAGCUCCAGGACAUGGUCUCCCCCAGAACAAACGGAUUAGAAGACUUGGCAAACAAUCAAUAGAGCAGAGGGUGUGGUGUCCGCGGCUUUCAUCUGGACAUCGGGGGUCCUCCUCCAAAGACAGCUCCAGGACAUGGUCUCCCUCAGACAAAUUCAUUGGAAAACCUGGGAAACAUUCAAUGGAACAGAGGAUGCGCUGGCGGCCUACAUCUGCACAGCAGGGGGUCCUCAUCCAAAGACAGCUCCAGGAAAUGGUCUCCCUCAGAACAUCGGGAUGGGAACACCUGGUAAUCUUUCAAUAGAACAGG